UCUCUUUCGAAUUUAAUCAAAAUGGCUGGUAUCACUGUCAAGGACGUUAACCCUCACGCCUUCAUUAAGGCCUAUGCUGCCUACCUCAAGCGUACCGGUAAGCUUGAAGUCCCCAAGUGGGUUGAUAUUGUCAAGACCGGUACCUUCAAGGAACUCGCUCCUUAUGAUCCCGAUUGGUACUACGUCCGUGCCGCUUCCGUUGCUCGUCACAUCUACAUCCGUAAGUCCGUCGGUGUUGGUGCUUUGAACAAGGUUCACGGUGGUACCGUCAACCGUGGUUCUCGUCCCUCUCACCACGUUAACGCCUCUGGUUCCGUUAACCGUAAGGUCCUUCAAUCCUUGGAAAAGAUCGGUGUCCUUGAAAAGGAUAAGAAGGGGUAAGGAUAUUGAUAGAAGAAAACAUAUUGA